AUGUACUCAAUCACAACCACAACGCCUAUACGGCUCACAGCCACGGCUCUGCCCAAGACUGCCUGUGCUGGCAGUCUCUAUGCAUUCGCAGCCGUGUCAUCGGUCAGGACCCGGCACAGCCCUAUCGCUAUACCAUCGCCACGACGAGGUCUCUCGUCGACAACACGCAAGUCUGCGAUCAAGGAAUUCUUUCCCAAGGUGGAAACAAAGCAGAUUAUCCAAUCAGAGUCAUCAUGGCAGCAUCCUGUAUACACCGAAGAACAAAUGCGCAGCAUAAACACCGAGCAUCGCGAAGCUCGCACCUGGUCGGACUGGUUUGCCCUGUCUAUGGUGCAGGGUCUUCGCUGGGGGAUGGACUUUGUCACGGGCUACCGUCAUCCGCCAAAGGGACACGACAGUAAAAAGAACGAUAAUAAAGCAGCGGCAAAGUUCAAAAUGUCAGAGAGGCAAUGGCUGAACCGUAUACUCUUCUUGGAAAGCGUUGCUGGUGUCCCUGGAAUGGUUGCUGGGAUGCUCAGGCACCUCCGGAGUCUCAGGACGAUGAGGCGGGAUAAUGGAUGGAUUGAGACGCUCCUCGAAGAGGCUCACAACGAGCGCAUGCACCUGCUCACCUUUAUGAAAAUCGCCGAGCCCGGCCUGUUCAUGCGCCUCAUGGUCCUCGGCGCACAGGGAGUCUACUUCAACGGCCUCUUCCUAGCCUACCUCAUCUCACCGCGCACCUGCCACCGAUUCGUGGGCUAUCUCGAAGAAGAAGCCGUUCUCACUUACACACGCAUCAUCAACGAGAUCGAAGCCGGCAACCUACCCAAUUGGGCGCAAAUGGAAGCGCCGGAGAUCGCAGUCACAUACUGGAAAAUGCCCGAGGGUCAUCGCUCCAUGCUCGACCUAAUGCUGUAUGUGCGCGCGGAUGAAGCGAAGCACCGCGAGGUCAACCAUACGCUGGGCAAUCUGAAUCAAAAGGAGGACCCGAAUCCGUACACGGCUAUAUUCAGGGAUUCGACGAAGUUGAGGCCUAGCAAGGGGGCGGAUUUAAUGAAGCCGACGGGGUAUGCUAUCGCAGAAACUAUCUGUUUCUGUUCAGAUAAGCAAGACAUCCGAUGUCAUCUAGCACUUACAUACUAUUCGACAUUCCCACCAAGCCACCACAAGUGUGCUAUCUGGAGGAUCCUGGACUACAAGACCGAAUGGAUGUGGGCAUGCCUCUCGACGACUAUGGAGGAACAGCACGGUCCCAAGGCAUUUGAGAGAGCCGAGCCAUUUGCGCGUGAGAUGACAGUGCUGCUGAAUGAGACAUCCUCGGGACCGUUCUUCCUGGGUAGCUACACGGAUUUUAUGUGGGCUGCGAUUCUGCUUUUCUCUAAAUGUGUCGGUGAGGAUGUAUAUCGGGAAUUAUUGAAGAGGACUGGAAAUGCGAAUGUGCAUACAGAUUUCUGGGAUGCAUUGAGCUUAUGGACGGAGCGGAGUGAUUAG